UUGUGGAUAUCAUGCGGGUGAACGUGGACAAGGUUUUGGAGCGCGACCAGAAGCUGUCGGAGUUGGACGACCGCGCCGACGCGCUGCAGGCCGGCGCUUCCCAGUUUGAGACCAGUGCCGCCAAGCUCAAACGCAAGUACUGGUGGAAGAACCUCAAGGUGAGAACAAAACGCACCCCGGACCGGCAUAAAAUGAGACCACAUGGGCACGAAAUGGUCCGGAAUGGGCACGAAAUGGUCCGGAAUGGGCACAAAAUGGUCCUGAAUUGGCAUAAAAUGGGCCUGAAUUGGCACAAAAUGAGACCAAAUGGGCACAAAAUGGUCCGGAAUGGGCACGAAAUGGUCCGGAAUGGGCACAAAGUGGUCCUGAAUUGGCACAAAGUGGUCCGGAAUGGGCACAAAAUGAGACCAAAUGGGCACAAAGCGGUCCUGAAUUGGCAGAAAAUGGUCCGGAAUGGGCACAAAGUGGUCUGGAAUUGGCACAAAAUGGUCCCGAAUUGGCACAAAAUGGUCCUGAAUUGGCACAAAGUGGUCCUGAAUUGGCAGAAAAUGACCCCAAAUUGGCACAAAAUGGUCCCGAAUUGGCACAAAGUGAGACCAAAUGGGCACAAAAUGGUCCUGAGUGGGCACAAAAUGAGACCAAAUGGGCACAGAAUGGUCCGGAAUGGGCAGAAAAUGGUCCUGAAUUGGCAGAAAAUGACCCCAAAUGGGCACAAAAUGGUCCGGAAUGGGCACAAAAUGGUCCUGAAUUGGCACAAAAUGGUCCCGAAUUGGCAGAAAAUGACCCCAAAUGGGCACGAAAUGGUCCCGAAUUGGCACAAAAUGGUCCCGAAUUGGGACGAAAUGGUCCUGAAUUGGCACAAAAUGAGACCAAAUGGGCACAAAAUGGUCCGGAAUGGGCACAAAAUGGCUUCAAAUGGGCACAAAUGGUCCUGAAUGGGCACAAAAUGGUCCUGGAUUGGCAGAAAAUGGUCCCGAAUUGGCAGAAAAUGACCCCAAAUGGGCACAAAAAGGUCCUG